AUGAAAAACCUCUUCUCUCUCCUCUUCUUCCUUUCCUUCUCCACACUCUCCGUCUUCUCCCACCUCUUCUCCCCUCCCGACAACUACCUCAUCAACUCCGGUUCCACCUCCCCCACCACCCUCCUCAACAACCGUCCUUUCACCGCCGAACACUCCCUUUCUUUUUCCACUUCCUCACACCCCCUUUUCAUCAAAAACCAAAACCCACUUCCCAAUUUACCCCAAAUCUACCAUACCGCCAGGGUUUUCACUAAACCUACAAAAUACUCAUUUCCAAUCAAACAAAAAGGUACCCACAUCAUCCGUUUCCAUUUUCACGCCUUCAAUUCAUCGAAUCUCGACCUGGGUCGCGCUAAAUUUAACAUCUUGGUUGAUGGGUAUGUUGUUUUGAGCGAUUUCACUCGUUUUGUUGCUUCCAGUACAAGAAACCCUAGGGUGGUUGAGUAUCUUAUAUGGGUUGAUUCUGAAAAGCUUGUGAUCGUGUUUGUACCUAGUAAAGAUUCGGACUUUGCGUUUGUCAAUGCUAUUGAGGUGAUUUCUGCACCUACAGAUCUUAUUCCUGAAACAGCACAGUAUUUGAUGACUUCAGGGAAUUUGAAGAGUUUUCAUGAUUUGAACAAGCAAGCUCUUGAGGUUGUGUAUAGGGUCACUGUUGGAGGUCCUAAAGUUACGCCUUUUAAUGAUUCCUUGUGGAGGACUUGGGUUCCUGAUGAAGAGUUUCUCAAAUCAAGUGUUGGGUCUGAGAAGUUUUACUUUGGUGGUAGGAUCAAUUAUCAUGUUGGAGGUGCUAGUCGCGAGGUUGGACCGGAUAAUGUCUAUAACACUGCUAGGUUGAUUAGAAGUAAGAAUGAUUCUGUGCCGAAUGUUAAUAUGACUUGGGUUUUUCCUAUUAUGGGUGGAUAUAAGUAUCUCGUUAGGUUGCAUUUCUGUGAUAUUGCUAGCAUUUCAGGUGGUUUAUUAUAUUUCAAUGUAUAUGUGAAUGGUUAUUUGGUUCUUGAAGAUUUGGAUAUCUCUUAUGUUACGAGUUCGCUGGCUUCCCCGUAUUAUGUUGACUUUGUUGUCGAUGGAGAGAGUAGUGUAGGGGCUUUGAGUGUUGGUAUAGGUCCUUCAAAGAGCAGUCUUCCGCACGUCAUUGUAGGUAUGUUGAAUGCUGUUGAGGUUAUGAAGUUGAACAAUCGAUACAAGAGUCUUGAUGGAGAUGUUUGUGCUGAUUUUGUUCUUAAGAGCCGCCGGUCACGUGGAAAUACUGGUAUUUUUCUUACUAUGGUGGCUGCUGUAUGCAUUGUGUUAAGCUUAUCCAUAGUGAUUCGUAGAAGGAUCAUUGAGUCCAGGGAAUCUGUAUCAUGGUCAAGGUUACCUGUGAGUUCAUCUGAGGAUAAUGUCAAGUCUUAA